AAUUUAAUGGGUCCUAACUAAUUCAGAUUCGAGACAGAUCAACACAUUAAAUAGUAAAGAUCUCUCGAUUAUUUUCAUUUUUACCAUUUAUAAGACUCGAAAUCGAGAGUUCAAGAAAAAAAAGAUGUUGAAUCAUCGAAAUCAAUCCACUAUCUUUAUAAAUUCAAUCAUGACCUGUCGCCUAAUGCAACAAGCGUCACUUUUCUUGUCCAGCCAAUAGCGGGCCAGUGCAGUUCCCGUAGGGCCCACUUGUAUUAAGGAAUCCUCGAUCGGUUUGACUUCGUCUGAUGACAAUAGUUCGCGCGGCCGGUAAUCGAGAAGACUCCAACAACGCGGGAUGCAACCGUCGAUAUCUGUUUUUUUUCUUAUUCUUUUCCCUUCUUUUGGUAGGGGGCUUCAUAUGGAAAACAAAACUCAUAGGCUUAAAAAAAAAAUGCAAGGGAAUGAAAAAUAAAAGAUAAAAAGUUCCAUUUGACAUAUAUGAAUCCAUUUCGUCUUGAUUUCGAAUUAUAUAAAUUACUUAAUGUUCUUCUACAUUAAGCCCCUUCUUUUUAAGUACUUCUCUGCCGUUUUCAUUUAUAUUGUAGGCAGUAUAUCUCUCAUCGUGCACUAAUGUUCACCUGCGGACGAGCUUUGUCUCUGAAGCACCGUGAUAGAUGGAUAUUGGGAAAAAAAUGCCGCUCGGAACGAGAAGAAAAUCACGACCUUUUGCGGUGCGGUGCUAUUACGUUAACGAAACUGAAAGAGAGGGGCAUAUUUGAAAAGUACGACAUGAUUUGAGAUAAAGAUAAAAGGAGGAUUAAUUAGCAUGGAAGGCAAGGGAAGAUGAUAACAUAACAUAAAUAGGAACUAAAGUUGGCACCAAAUUGGAUGGUUUUUUUUUUUUUUUCUUCAAGUCAGAUCAGAGAGAGUCUCUGACUCCAAAAAUGGCAAACACAGCAUAACCACCACCUUCCUCCCCACACUGGUCUCCAAAUGUCUGGCCCGUCAGCUGUUUCAGGAGCCAUUCUCGGAUUCAUAGACCAAUGUCCUCUCCAGUUUCUUUUGGUCCAAUCCCCCAAUCAGAAGAAGAAGGAGAAAAUGGGAGAAAAAAGUGGAAAGUGAAAAGGAAAAUUCAAAGAAAAAGAAACAAAACACAAAAACAAUCGAAGGCUCUGUCUUCUGUCUUUGAGGUUGCCCAUCAGACAAGAACUUUUGUUCUUUCCAUCCUCCUCCAUUCUUUCAAUCAUCUAUCUCCCCACUCACCUAUCUCGGAAAACCGAAAAGAUUCUGUGUCUUGAUCGGGGAAAGCAGAGGAUAUCUAUCUGUUCUUUGCUCUCUGCCAUUGGUUCAGAAGUUUUUUCCUGACAUGUGCAGAGGUUGAGGAGAUCAGAUAGGUUGUGGGGUCGGCGCCGGGGGGAGAGAGAGCGAGAGAGGGUGUUGAGAGCAUCGAAACUCGAAAGGUGCGAACUUUCGAUCCCGGGGCAUUGCAGUUUAGGAGGCAAAGAGAGGCUUAGAAGGAAAUGUAAUUAUGUAAAGAGGGAGAGGUAAUCCCCUUUCUUCUCUCCUUUUUUUCCUUUUCCUUUGGUAGAGUUAGCAGAGAAAUGAGCAGUAAGCACGGAGGGUUUAUCAAGGCCUGGGAGUUAACCGUACGAAAAUCGCAAGCUGCAGCAAAGAAACGGGCGAACAGCAUCUUCGCCACCAUGUCGGUUGCCCACGUGGACGACGAUGACAGCUACAAUGCCGCUCCGGGGGAGGUCUACCACUCCGAGCGGGUCAUGCCCAAUGGGGACUUCUACACAGGCCAAUGGGCCGACAACAGCCCCCACGGGCACGGGAAGUACCUUUGGACCGACGGGUGCAUGUACGUCGGGGAAUGGUGCAGGGGGAAGCCUAUGGGGAAGGGGAAGUUCUGUUGGCCUAGCGGGGCCACGUACGAGGGUGAGUUCAAGGGCGGGUACAUGGAUGGGAAGGGGACGUAUACAGGCCCUUCAGGGGACACCUAUCGGGGCUCAUGGGUCAUGAACUUGAAGCACGGGCAAGGGAUGAAGAGCUACGUGAACGGAGAUUACUAUGAGGGAGACUGGCGCCGGGGGUUGCAGGACGGACACGGGAGGUACCAGUGGAAUAACGGGAAUAACUAUAUCGGCCAAUGGAAGAAUGGGAUGCUUAACGGAAAUGGGACAUUGAUCUGGGUGAAUGGGAAUCGGUAUGACGGUUUUUGGGAAGAAGGGCUGCCAAAAGGGAACGGGACCUAUAGAUGGGCUGAUGGGAGCUUUUACGUCGGGGUGUGGAGUAAGGACCAGAGGGAGCAGAGCGGCACCUAUUAUCCGUCGGGAUCGGCAUCCGGGAACUUGGAAUGGAGCCCACAGGAAGUGUAUAAUGUGGAGCUGUUGGAUUGCAGGAUUUGCCCCGGGGAGAGGAUCUCGAUCCUGCCAUCACAGAAGAUUCUGCCAUGGCCUGGGACAGAGGGGCAGAACAUGUGGAAGCCACCAAGGGAUAGUGAUGCUGGCCCUGGGAGGCCAAGGAGGAGGUCGGUGGAUGGGCGUGUGAGCAAUUACAGUUGGGCCUCGGACGGGGAAAUUAUAGGCGGGGAAUACCCGAGGGAUGAGGGGUUUGGGAGUCUUCGGGUCGAAGAUUAUGAAGCAAGAUUAGUGGACGCAAGAAAGCUGUUGAGAAUACGACCCUCAAAGAGGCAAGGAGAGACCAUCUCGAAAGGACACCGGAACUACGACCUGAUGCUAAAUCUGCAGCUAGGAAUCAGGCAUGCUGUCGGAAGGCCUGCUCCACCAACAAAGUCGUUCGAUCUGAAGGCCUCAUACUUCGAUCCCAAAGAGAAAGUCUGGACAAAGUUUCCGCCCGAAGGAUCAAAGCACACGCCCCCACACCCGUCAUUUGAGUUCAAGUGGAAGGAUUACUGCCCGGUCGUUUUCCGGACUCUUAGGCAAUUGUUCAAGGUUGACGCAGCUGAUUACAUGAUCUCGAUAUGUGGGAACGAUGCUCUUCGCGAGCUCUCAUCCCCGGGAAAAAGUGGGAGUUUCUUCUACUUGACCAACGAUGACCGUUACAUGAUCAAGACAAUGAGAAAAGCUGAAGUAAAAGUUUUGAUAAGGAUGCUACCGGCCUAUUACAAUCAUGUGCGUAACUACGAAGACACAAUGGUGACUAAAUUCUUCGGGCUUCACUGUGUGAAAUCGACAGGGCCUGCCCAGAAGAAGGUCCGAUUCGUAAUCAUGGGAAACUUGUUCUGCUCAGAGUACACCUUCCACAGGCGAUUCGACUUGAAGGGCUCUUCCCAUGGCCGUGUCACUGACAAACCCGAGUCAGAAAUCGAAGCAAACACAACCCUCAAGGACCUUGACCUCAAUUUCAUUUUCAGAUUAGAGAAGAAAUAUUUCCAAGAUUUCUGCAGGCAAGUGGAUCGAGACUGCGACUUCCUAGAACAGGAGAGGAUAAUGGACUACAGCCUUCUCGUGGGGCUUCAUUUCCGGGAUAUCUCUUACAACAACGAUAACAAAAUCGGGGAGGCUCGUCCAUUUGUUACUGCUAUUCACACUCCUAGAGGGGGUGGAGACUCUGACUUUGACCAUGCCGGCCCUCGGCUUUCUAGUGCGGAUAUGGAUAAGAUCAUAACUGAUCCUUCGAGGUCCAAGCCCAUGAGACUGGGAAUAAAUGUUCCAGCAAAGGCGGAACUAACCGUAAGGAGAUGCGAUGGAGAGUCUCAACUUGUCGGGGAACCCACAGGAGAAAUGUAUGAUGUUGUAGUAACUUUCGGCAUAAUAGACAUCCUGCAGGACUACGACAUCAGCAAGAAGCUCGAGCACGCUUACAAGUCAAUCCAAUACGACCCCACCUCGAUAUCAGCGGUCGACCCAAAGCAGUACUCGAGACGGUUCCGCGAUUUCAUUUUCAGAAUUUUCGUAGAAGACACGUAAUAAUGAGGUUAGAUCGACCCAGAAUCUCCCACUAGCAGACAGAGGUGGAAAUCUGUGUACAGACACUCGGAAGUUACAGUUUCUCAAGGCCACUGUUCGGGUUCAGAUGACUUCACUUCUGAGGAAAGAGCUCGGGAUCAUCCACCUUCACCGACUCUGUUAGAUCCAUAGGUAUCAUUAAGUCAUAUUAGUACAGCCCACAAAUUGUUGUAGGUAGACGUAUGAAGAAAGAUAUCGGACCGAUUCGAUCGUGUAAAGAUGCAUUCUUUUGUACCCUAACGUCACAUUCCCAAACUGUAAGGAGGCUUAGGAAUAUCUGUAAGAAUAAGAUGUACAGUAAAUUCGUGAGGAUAAAAGAAGGAAUUCCCAUCUGUUUACUUCUUUAGAACUUGAAAGUUCGAGUGCCGUUAA